AUGCCUGAACAUGAAACCACCACUGAAGGAAAUGGUGGCAGUGAUGUUGACAAUGAAUGCAGUCCGGCUGAGAAUGAAGAAAAUGCCAAAGGAGCUGGAAAGAAGAGAGCAACACCAAGAACGAGAAGGGGACGUGCCAGAGGGAGAGCCAGGCGUAGUGGUGAGGAGGACGAGGAUGAUGAAGAUGAGACAGAAAAAACUGGGAAUCGCAGACAUAGAAACCGCAGAGGACGUGGACGAGUAGCUGGAAAUGAGGAAGAUAAGUCUGAUGGAGAACCUGCAAAAGCCAGGAAGAACCAGGAAAAUCAGAAAUCCAAAGAAGGUGAUGAAGAAGUGGAAGAUGAAAAAGGAAGUAAAGGUGGCAAAGGCAAAAAUGAGAAAAAACAGGACAAAAAGGCUGACAAGAAAGGGAAAAAAGAGAAAGCCAACAAGAAGAAAAAAGACAAAAAUAAAUCAGGAUCUGGCUCUGAUUCUGACUCUGAGGAGGAGCCGAUUACAGAGGAGGAAUUGGCCAAGCUGAAGGAAGAGGUAGAAGAAAAAAAGAAACUAAUCGCCACCCUGCGAAACAAGCCAUGGAAGAUGAAAAAGAAGUUGUCUGUCCUGAAGGAAGCUCAGCUUUUUGUUGACAAGUUUGAAGGUGCUCUUGGAAAAGGAAAAGGAAAAAAAUUCUAUGCAUACAAAGUGAUGAUGACCAAGAAAUGGAUGAAAUUUCAAAGAGAUUUUGAAAAUUUUAAGACAGCCUGCAUACCUUGGGAAAUGAAAAUUAAGGAGAUUGAAAGUCACUUUGGCUCAUCAGUAGCAUCUUAUUUCAUAUUUUUACGCUGGAUGUAUGGAAUAAACAUGAUUCUUUUUGGACUGACCUUUGGACUUGUAAUGGUGCCUGAGGCAUUGAUGGGGAAGCCGUAUGGCUCUUUACCUAGAAAAACUGUUCCGAGAGCUGAAGAAGCAACUGCUAUGAACUUUGCUACUCUUUGGGAUUUUAGUGGCUUUGCACAAUAUUCUGUACUCUUUUAUGGGUAUUACAAUAACCAGAGGACAAUUGGAUGGCUCAAGUUCAGAAUGCCGCUUUCCUAUUUCCUUGUUGGAGUUGGGACUAUCGGCUACAGCUUUAUGAUUGUCAUUCGAACAAUGGCGAAGAAUGCAAAUGAUGAUGGUGGUGGGGAUGAUACUAGUUUUAAUUUCAGCUGGAAAAUGUUCACAAGUUGGGACUACCUCAUUGGCAAUCCUGAGACAGCAGAUAAUAAGUUUGCCUCCAUCACAACAAGUUUUAAGGAAGCUAUUGUGGAGGAGCAGGAAAGCCGAAAAGAAGAAAAUAUUCACUUGACUCGGUUCCUGAGAGUUCUUGCUAACUUCUUAGCUCUAUGCACGCUUGCUGGGAGUGGCUACCUCAUCUUUUUUGUUGUUAGAAGAUCCCAGAAAUUUGCACUGGAAGGUUUGGAGAACUACGGGUGGUGGGAAAGAAAUGAAGUGAACAUGGUUAUGUCACUUCUAGGAAUGUUCUGUCCUACUUUAUUUGAUGUAAUCAGUUCUCUGGAAAACUACCACCCUCGAAUAGCUUUAAGAUGGCAGCUUGGACGAAUCUUUGCUCUUUUUCUUGGCAAUCUCUACACUUUCAUUAUUGCCCUAAUGGAUGAAAUCAAUCUCAAGUUGGAAGAAGAAAAGAUAGUUAAGUAUAAUAUGACAAUAUGGGAAGCCAGUCUGUACAAUGGUACUAUUCCAGAAAAUUCAACUGCUCCUCCAAUACAGGUGGACCCUGCAGAUGUUCCCAGAGGACCAUGCUGGGAAACAAUGGUAGGACAGGAAUUCGUAAGGCUCACAGUCUCUGAUACAAUGACAACUUACAUCACAAUUCUAAUUGGCGAUUUCUUGAGAGCUGUCUUUGUUAGGUUUUUCAAUUACUGCUGGUGCUGGGACUUGGAAUAUGGAUUUCCAUCAUAUUCUGAGUUUGAUAUAAGUGGAAAUGUGCUGGGACUAAUAUUUAACCAAGGCAUGAUCUGGAUGGGAUCUUUCUAUGCUCCAUGUCUCCCAGCGAUCAAUGUAUUCCGCCUCCACACUUCAAUGUAUCUGCAGUGUUGGGCAGUGAUGUGCUGCAAUGUCCCCCAAGAGAGGGUCUUUAAGGCUUCCAGAUCCAAUAACUUCUACAUGGCUAUGCUGCUUUUCAUCCUUUUUCUCUCCACACUGCCUGCUGUGUACACCAUUGUCUCCAUCCCACCAUCUUUUGACUGUGGUCCUUUCAGUGGAAAGACUAGAAUGUUUGAAGUCAUAUCAGAAACUCUGGAGCUUGACUUCCCUUCCUGGUUCGGGAAAGUGUUUGGUUAUGCCUCUAACCCUGGACUCAUCCUGCCUUUUAUAUUGCUGAUGGUCCUGAGCAUUUAUUAUCUCAAUGCUACCUCCAAAUCCUACAAAGAAGCUAACCUGGAACUUAAAAAGAAGCUACAAAGUCAAGCAGAAGAAAAUAAACGGAGAAAUAAACAAAAGGCACAAAAAUCUAAUGAACAAGAUGAAAAUCCAUUUGAGACAGAACCACCUCAGCCAAAGCAAAAAGAAAACAAAGAAGAUGAAUCCACUCCAAACCAAGACAAGAAGAAAGGACAAGGUGGCAAUGAAGCAAAGAAGACAGACCAGCCAGAAGACGCCAGCUGCUCUCAGGCACUCCAGAAUUCAGGCCCUGCUCUGAAUGGUCACUAUCCCCCCCAGAGGAGGGGAGGAAACUUUCCUCCUCCAUCCAUAGCUGUAACAAGGCCACCAGGGCCCAGGAACUAUGGAGGGCCGGGCUACCCACCUGGAAAUCCACGCUUCCCAGGGCCACAGCCAGGAAUGCCCAGGAACCCACCCAACUACAGAUAAGGAGCAUCAGGUACAUUGUGACAAGC